GACUUACGGAGUACGGAGUACAACUCUUCUCUCCUCUACAAUACAUUUCAAUCCGUCGGUCAGAAAUUACAACGAAAAUACACCAAUAUUAUUAAAUUCAUGGAAAUAAUCAAAUACCAAAUCCAUGAAAUUAAUAAAUUAAUAAUUCUCUCAAAAAAAUAAAAACAAAAAAAAUUUAAAAUUAGAGCAGGCCAUCAUUGUCUGUUUCUGUAGUCUUCACUGGAAGGGGAGGAAGAGGUGGAUAGAGAGAGAAAUAUUUGACAGAAUUUGUAGAGAGAGAAAGUUAGGAGAGAGAAAAGGAGAUGAUGAUGGAGCUUAGGAGGCUCCUGAUAAUCAGCAUUUUGAUGUUUAGUUCAAGCUUCAUUAAUGGCGACACAGAUCAAUCUGAUGCUACUGCUCUCAAUGGCAUGUUCACCAGCAUGAAUUCGCCUUCACAGCUUACUGGAUGGACCGCUACUGGCGGUGAUCCAUGUGGUCAGUCAUGGAAGGGUGUUACUUGUUCAGGCUCAAGGGUAACACAAUUAAAAGUACCAAAUCUUGGACUUACUGGGUCAAUAGGUUUCCAGCUGACGAGUUUGACAUCCUUGACUGACUUUGACAUAAGCCAUAACAAUUUUGGAGGCCAAGUACCUUACAACCUUCCUCAAAAUUUGCAACGACUAAACCUUGCUGGUUGCAACUUCAAUGGAGCAAUACCUUAUUCGAUUUCUCUUAUGAAACCUUUGGAGCAUCUAGACCUCAGCCAAAAUCAAUUUAAUGGACAGCUGAAUGUCGAUUUUUCACAGCUCACUUCGCUCUCUUCUGCAGAUAUCUCAGACAAUGCUCUCACAGGCAAUCUUCCAUCAACAUUGAGUUCCUUGACCAGUUUGAAAUCCUUGUACUUGCAAAAUAACCAGUUUACGGGCACAAUUGAUGUCCUAGGAGACUUACCCCUGGAGAAUUUGAAUAUUGCGAAUAACCAUUUCAGUGGAUGGGUUCCAAAGAAGUUACAAAACAUUAAUUUGCAGAAAGAUGGUAACUCGUGGAGCUCAGGUCCUGCACCUCCUGCUCCACCUGGAUCCCAAACCAGUAGUCAUCACAAAUCUGGAAAUAAUGGAAAGUCGUCAGAGAGUUCAAGCUCGGGGGGUGGGAAAUCCGGUAUCAGUGCUGGUGCUAUAGUUGGAAUUAUUUUGGGUAUUCUCGUAGUUGUAGCUGUAAUAGGAUUUUUCUUAUUUAAGAGAAGAAUACGGAGACCAUCCCCCGACUUAGAGAAGGUGGACAUUCAUAAGCCUUUUGUUGCUGCUGCUGCUUCGAAUGAUGUCGAAGGUAAGCCUGAAUUUAUGGAAUUGAAGUCAGUUCAUUCAUCAUCCUCAAUCAACACAACGACGCUUGACGCAGUUCCCUUAGUUGCUCUUAAACCGCCUCCAUUGGAUCGCAACAAAUCAUUUGAUGAUCAAGACUUAUCAAAUAAGCCUAUUCUCCCUAUUGUCACCAAAACUCCUACACGAGUGCCCAACAAUGUGAAAUCAUAUUCUAUAGCAGAUCUGCAGAUGGCCACCGGCAGUUUUAGUGUUGAGAAUCUUAUUGGAGAGGGGUCUAUUGGACGUGUUUAUCGUGCUCAAUUUGAUGAUGGAAAGGUUCUUGCUGUGAAAAAGAUAGACUCAUCUGUUCUAGCUAACCAUCCUGAAGAUUUCACGGAAAUUGUUGCGAGCAUUUCCAAAUUACACCAUCCAAAUGUAACUGAGCUUGUUGGCUACUGUUCUGAACACGGCCAACACUUGUUAAUUUAUGAGUUCCACAAGAAUGGCUCAUUGCACGACUUCUUACAUCUUGAUGAUGAGUACAGUAAACCAUUGACAUGGAAUACUCGUGUCAAGAUUGCUUUGGGGAGUGCACGUGCUCUUGAGUAUCUACACGAAGUUUGCUCACCAUCUGUUGUUCAUCAAAACUUCAAAUCAGAGAACAUAUUGCUUGAUGCAGAGCUUAAUCCUCAUCUUUCUGACUGUGGGUUAGCAAACCUCCUUCCAAAUACAAAUCAGGCGGUUAACCAUAAUGCAUGUGCGCCUGAAGUUGCUGAUUCUGGUCAGUAUACUUUAAAGAGUGAUGUCUACAGUUUUGGGGUUGUAAUGUUAGAGCUUCUCAGUGGAAGAAAACCAUUUGAUAGCUCGUUACUGAGGUCUGAGCAGUCGUUGGUUCGGUGGGCAACUCCUCAGCUUCAUGAUAUUGAUGCGUUGACUAAAAUGGUGGAUCCCACUCUAGAAGGCCUCUACCCUGUGAAAUCUUUGUCGCGAUUUGCUGAUGUCAUUGCUCUUUGCGUUCAGUCCGAGCCUGAGUUCCGACCACCAAUGUCGGAGGUGGUGCAAGCUUUGGUUCGAUUGGUUCAACGAGCAAACAUGAGUAAGAGAACCGUUGGAAAUGCCGGUCGACAAUCAGAAAGCACAGACACAAAUGAUAGUGUUAAUUAAUUGAAUGAAUGGCUGUAUAAUAAUUUUGUUCAUUUGAUCCUGCGCCUGACCAAAAGUAAAGUUAUUUAUUCACUUCCUUCACCUCAUCAUUUUUCUCCUCCACAACCUUCUUCUGCAUUCACAAAGAUUCAGGGUACCGACUACCGAGUGCUGUCGUUUUUUUUCUUUUCGUUUUAUAUUUGUUCAUUUUCGAUAUCACCUUAUUGUAUGAUAUAAUGUAUUGAAGGUGAAAAAGGUUAAUACAUCGUGGUUACGUUCU